CUUGCACCAUAAAACACACACACUACUACUGCACUUUACAAUUGGUAGGUUGAUCUUUUGGGAGACUGCCUGCAGACAAGAAGAAGAAGAAGAAGACAGCAUGGACUGGAAUGGUGGGAAUCCCAUACCAUUUAUUCCUAGACCCACAGCACAAAGUUCCUUUGCCUUUCUUUACAACUAUAACAAUGAUCACUUUGUAUACCCUCCUGGAAUGGGUGAAAUGAAGCAUCAUCAAAUGAUGCAAGCACCAUUAGCAAUGAUGGAAAUGAACCAAAAUGAGUAUGAAAACAACAAUCAAGAUAAGAAGAAAAGGUUAACAAGUGAACAGUUAGAGGCACUUGAAAACACUUUCCAAGAAGAGAAGAAACUUGACCCUGAAACAAAGAUGAAGCUAGCACAUGACCUCGGGUUGCAGCCCAGACAGAUUGCGGUGUGGUUCCAAAACAGGCGCGCUCGAUGGAAGACUAAGCAACUUGAGUGCAUGUAUGAUACGCUUAAACAAGAGUUUGAUGCUGUCUCUAGGGAGAAACAAAAGCUUCAAGAAGAGGUGUUAGCAUUGAGGACAAUACUCAAAGAACAAGUUAGCAAGAGACAAGGGGCAGGCUCUAGCACGGGGUACACUUACAUGUCCGGUGAAGAGACGGUUGAGAGCACAUCGGCAGCCACCAUUCGUACCACCAACAACCACCCUCAUCAUCAGUUGAGCCUCGGUCAACAUCAGGCGGUUGUUGCCACUACAACAGCCAUGGUCGCCGACGAAAACAACUUCAUGAUAAACUAUGAUCCAGCCUCAUCAGUGCCUGCUCCAUCUUACUCUAAUUGGCAUGUUCUUCCAUCGUAUCCUUAAAGUAGUUGCUACCUGUUUAAUUUGUUUACUGCCUCGGUCGGAUAUCAAUCAAAUAAUAUUUUUUAUAUUUAUUUUUACAGUGAGUGAAAGUUAGGAAAAUGUGAUCUAGAUCAGCAUUUGAUGUUUGUUAUAUUUGUUCUUAUUCAUUAGGUUGAUUAAUUGCA